GCAGGGCCGCGCGCGCCCACACCGGGCUCCGGGCGCGGGAAAGGCCCGUGGGAAUUUCCCGCGCGCGAAGCCCUCCCCGCUCCCCGCUCCCCCCCAGUCCCCCCCCGCUCCCCCUCCCCACUGCGCGCGAGGCCCCGCGCCCGCCAGCCCCCUCCCCUCCCCGCCCCGUGCCUCAGUUUCCCCGCGGGGCACGAUGAAGGCUCUCCUCCUCGCCCUCGCGGCCGAGCUCUGCCUGGCCUCGCUGGUGCCCGAGAGGGAGAAGGACCCCGAGUACUGGCGGCGGCAGGCGCAGGCGGCGCUGCGCGACGCCCUGCGGCUCCAGCGCCUCAACCAGAACGUGGCCAAGAACCUCGUCCUCUUCCUCGGCGACGGCAUGGGCGUCUCCACCGUCACGGCCGCCCGCAUCCUCAAGGGGCAGCUGCAGCACGGCCAGGGCGAGGAGAGCCUGCUCGAGAUGGACAAGUUCCCCUACGUGGCCCUCUCCAAGACCUACAACACCAACGCGCAGGUGCCCGACAGCGCCGGCACCGCCACCGCCUACCUGUGCGGCGUCAAGGCCAACGAGGGCACGGUGGGCGUCAGCGCCGGCGUCACCCGCGACCGCUGCAACACCACCAAGGGCCGCGAGGUCACCUCCAUCCUCCGCUGGGCCAAGGACGAAGGCAAGUCGGUGGGCAUCGUCACCACCACGCGGGUGACCCACGCGACGCCCAGCGCCGCCUAUGCCCACUCGGCCAACCGCGACUGGUACUCGGACGGCGAGAUGCCCCCGGACGCGCUGGAGGGCGGCUGCAAGGACAUCGCCCGGCAGCUGGUGGAAAACAUCCCCGACAUCGAGGUGAUCCUGGGCGGCGGGCGGAAAUACAUGUUCCCCAAAAACGCCAGCGACGUGGAGUACCCCGGCGAGGACAAGCACCGCGGCACCCGCCUCGACCGCCGCGACCUCGUCCAGGCUUGGCGCGACAGCAAGCCCCCCGGCAAGGUCGCCCGCUACGUGUGGCACCGGCGGGAGCUGCUGGCGCUCAACCUCAGCCGCGUCGACUUCCUCCUGGGCCUCUUUGAGCCCGGCGACAUGGUCUACGAGCUGGACAGGAACAACGAGACGGACCCGUCGCUCACCGAGAUGGUGGCCGUGGCCAUCCGGCUGCUGCAGAAAAACCCCCGGGGGUUUUUCCUCCUGGUGGAAGGGGGCCGCAUCGACCACGGGCACCACGAGGGCAAGGCCAAGCAGGCGCUGCACGAGGCGGUGGAGCUGGACCGCGCCGUGGGGCUGGCGGCCCGGCUCACCUCGCCGCGGGACACCCUCACCGUCGUCACCGCCGACCACUCGCACGUCUUCACCUUCGGCGGCUACACCCCGCGCGGCAACCCCAUUUUCGGUCUGGCGCCCAUGCAGAGCGACGUGGACCGCAAGCCCUUCACCGCCAUCCUCUACGGCAACGGCCCCGGCUACAAGAUGGUGGCGGGCGAACGCGAGAACGUCUCCACCGUGGAUUUCGCCCACGCCGACUACCAGGCGCAGGCGGCGGUGCCGCUGCGCCAGGAGACGCACGGCGGCGAGGACGUGGCCGUCUUCGCCAAGGGCCCCAUGGCCCACCUGCUGCACGGCGUCCGCGAGCAGAACUACAUCCCGCACGCCAUGGCCUACGCCGCCUGCAUCGGCCCCAACCGGGCCCACUGCAGCGCCGCCGCCGCCGCCGCCCCCCCCGCCGCCCUCCUCCUCCUCCUCCUCCUCCUCCUCCUCCUCCUCCAGCUGCUCUGCUGAAGGCGCCCGCCGCCGCCGGGGACGGCACGCCACGGCAGCCCUAAAUACACUUUCCCUCCCCUAUCGUCAGCCUCGCACCCCCCCAACUCCUUGCCCCGGCACGAGGCCGGGCGGCGGCGGCGGCCCUUUCGGGAGCUGGGGGGGGGGGGAAGCGGAAAAAACCCCACCGAGGCUUUUUUCGCCCCGAAAAAAGCUCCCCCCCCCCCCCCGCCAGCCGCCGCACGGAAGGAAGCUAAGGUGAAUGCGAGGAAGCGCGGCCGCCGCGGGGGCUCGCCGCGGACCGUGGCGGGGGCUACCCGCCGUGGGGGGGGGGGGCUCUCACGGCUCGUCCCGCGGGGAGCGGGAAGGGUUCGGGCCCCGCGGGAGGCCCCUGCCUCUUCCGACAGCGGGAAACCUCCCGUUUCCCUGUGCAAAGAGCAACCCGCCCCCCCCCCCGUUUGCAAAGGGCUCCCCGUGUGCUCAAACAGCCCCCCCGCCCUGUUUGCAAACGGUUCCCUGUGAAAAUAGCACCCCCUCCCCACCCCGGUUGAAAAGGGCACCCUGUGCGUGCAAACAGCACCUUCCCUUUGCAAACAGCACCGCCCCCCCCCCCCCCCGCUUUCCAGUGGCUCCCCGAGCGUGCAAACAGCACCCCCUGCUUGCAAUCCGCACCCCCCGUUUGCAAAGGGCUCCCCGAGCGUGCAAACAGCACCCCGUGCGUGCAAUCUGCACCCCCCAUUUGCAGAGGGCUCCUCGUGUGUGCAAACAGCACCCCCCGCGUGCAAUUCGCACCCCCACCCCCCCCCCGUUUGCAAACCGUGCCAUUGCAACCCUCCGCUCGAACCCCCCCCCGGCGCAGCCCGGGGCCCGCUGCGGGCUGCAGAAAGGGGCUGGCGAAGCCCUUUUCGGCGGCGCUGGCCGGGGCGCCGGCGCCCGCGGCGAGCUGCCUGCGCUCCCGGAGGGCUCUUUAUUUAUUUAGCAGCCCCGAGCUCGCCCCGACCUUCCUCCACCCCCAACGCCGCCGCAACGAACCUUCCCGUCGUUUCCCAUUAACCCCAGUAAACUUUGGCCGGCCGCGGCCUGGCUCCGGCCGGGGGCUUCGCGUCCCCCCCCUCGCCCGCAGCGGGCCCGGCACCGCGCCGCGCGGGCUACCGGGAAAGGGGCCGCCGCCGAGCUAUGUUUAACCGGCCCCGGGGUGCCGGGCGGUUCGGGGGUUCGGUCGUGCCGGCGGCCACGAACCGCGGCCCCGCUCGCCGCGGCGCCGGCAGCCAAGCCCCGGCUCCCGCUUUAGCUGCGGCUUCUGGAGCGGAAAAAAAAGAGGAUUUCUGGCGGCGCCCGAAACCUCCCGGCAGGGAAAGGGGGGCGGGGGGGGGGGAACCCAAGGGUGCCGCCCGCAGCGUCGCCGUACGGUAGC